AUGUCUCUCAAAUACCACAAAGUCCUCGUUCUUGGUGCCACGUCUGGCAUUGGCUGGGCCCUGGCCGAGAAGAUCGUACAGGACGGCAAGUCCGUUGUUAUCGUUGGACGAAGACAGGAGAAGCUUGACGAGUUUGCCAACAAGUACGGCAAAGACAAGGUCUCGACCAAGGCUUUUGACAUUACAGAGCUCGAGAAGAUCCCCAAAUUCGUCCAGGACGUCACCACGGAGCACCCUGACCUGGACUCAAUCUUCCUGAACUCCGGUAUUCAACGCGGUUUCGACUUCUCCAAGCCCGAAACCGUCGAUCUGAACCUUCUUGAGCUCGAGUUCCGCACAAACUACCUCUCAUAUAUGCAUCUGACGAUGGCUUUCGUCCCCUUCCUGCAGAAGAAGGAUAACGAGACGAGUCUCAUCUACACUACCUCUGGCCUGGCGCUCAUUCCCAUGACCAGGUGUGGUAACUACUGCGCCUCUAAAGCUGCACUCCAUCAUAUGAUCCUGGUUCUUCGCGAACAGCUGAAGGCCGGGCCCGGUAACAUCAAAGUCAUAGAGAUCUUUCCGCCAGCAGUUCAGACAGAAUUACACGAUGAGAAGAACCAGCCGGACAUCAAGAAUGGCGCCAGUAUCGGCCUACCGUUGGCGGAGUUCGUGGAUGAGACAUGGGGCAAGUUGACCAACGGCGAUGAUCAGAUCCCCGUUGGCUUUGUCAACAUGGCUUUCGAAAAAUUUGAAAGGACGAGGCAGGGCAUCUUCCACGAGAUGAUGAAGAGGAUAGCGCAUGAAACGGCAUAG